AUGCUGACUUUGCUAUUUUAUUUGAUUAAUCUCUCUUCAGCUGCAAAUGAAGACAAAUUGUCGUGCAACCAAAAAUGAUGUCAAAGCUCAUGGGUGAUUUUUACAUAGAGAGGGGAUAAGCACUGCGAUACAAGCUGCAUGACUUCGUACUGCAACUAUGAUUCAAGCUCCAAUUAUACCGUACGAGAUCAGUCUUCAUUCUGAUACUCAGAUUGCUAUUACGAUUGCAUAAAUAACGGAUGCGCCGAAGCAGUGCUCGGCAAUGGAAAGUGUGAUGAAUGCUGCAAUAUCCCUGAAUGCGGCUAUGACUUAGGUGAUUGCGGAUACUGCUCUCCUGGCUGUAAUCUUUAUUUAGGCUUUGACUAUAUGAUAGGAUCUAUUUGCUACCAGAAAUGCAACACUACUGCCUGUUAUUAUGACAUGAGCAUCUGCAUGGACUGCAGUCCAGACUGCUCAACCAACUUGCUAGGAAACGGAAAAUGCGAUUCUGCUUGUAAUACAGGAAGCUGCAACUAUGAUUUUGGAGACUGUCCUUCAGAAGAGUGCUCACGAGGAUGCUAUACAUGAUAUAUUGAUGAUGGAACUUGUCAAGAAGAAUGCUAUAAUAGUGCAUGCAACUGAGAUGCUGAUGACUGCGAUUGUGCGCCUGGAUGCAAUUCAACACUAAAAACAAACAGUGUUUGUGAUAAAGCCUGUAAUAACACCAAGUGCGAUUAUGAUAAUCAUAAAUGUGGGAGUUGUGCCAGCGGCUGCUAUGAUAAUAUGAUAGGGGAUGGAAUAUGUGACCCCGCUUGCGAUGUUGAAGCUUGCAACUAUGAUUUGACUGAUUGCAGAUGCUCGGCUUCAUGUGACAUGUCAAUGUAUGGAUCUUGCAGUGAGAAAUGCAUGGUAGGAAGUUGCUUAUACGAUCAAUUCAGCAACGAUACAAGUCGAAGAUGCUCUGAUACGAAUGCCAUUCUAUUUUAUAUGCACCUGCAACUGCUAAAAAAAGAUUUAUUUACAGUUCAAAGUAUAGACACGUGUAUGGGUAUAUGUCCUUAUAGUGCUGGAAGUUUAUUAAAAGAACAAGAAUGCUAUGCUGAUUGCAAUGACAUAAAUUGUAUAUAUUCUUGAUGUGAGUGCUCAGACCAGGAAUAUAUGGGGAUGAUAUGAAAAAACCCCCAGGGUUUUUUUUCAUGUAGUUUUUUUUCUGAUGAAAAUGACUGAAAAGUAGAAUUCCUGGAAUUUUCCAGAAAAAAAAAACCAACGGUAAUUUUCGAAAAUUUUGCAAACCAUACAGGAAAAAACCCCCCAUCCUCAAAAAAGACCAUUAUCGAAUUAAGAUCAUCAUAAGUAGAGAUAAAGCUACAAAAAUUCAAUUGCAAAGAUUAAUCACAUAAUUUAUUCUAAACUCUUAUUAUCAAUGAGAAAUGAAUAAAGUAAACAAAUAGCAUCUAAAUUAAUACUUGAUUUUGACAGUAGUAAUUUUUUGAUUCUCAAAAACAGCAUGAAAAAAAACUAAUUAAAAAUAAAUCAUUAAUACAAUCGCAUAAGAUAUAGUCCUCAAAAAGAGCGCUAAUAUAGGAAAAUAGAUAUCUACAGCAACAAUACAUCAAAUACUUGAUUAUUAGAAUCUAAACUCAUAAUAAAUUGCAAUUGUUAUAUUAUAUUAAAAAACAAAUAAAUAGGGAAAAAAAUUACAGGAAAAAACCCUCAUGAAAAAUUUAGGCUAAAAAACUGCAGGAAAAAAACCUCUAGGUACCCAAAAAAAUUACAGGAAAAAACCCAAUGGUGGUAAAAUCCUGGAAAAUUCCAGGAAAAAAACCCCUGACUCUCCCCCUUUAAAUUGAAACAAAAUUUAAUUUUAUAGAUAAAAAUAAAAAUUUUUAUGUAAAAAGUUUUUAUAUAAGUUAAAUGUUUCUUCUUAACUAAAAUCAAAAAUUCAUUUUAUCUUGCUCUUGUUUAAAGAAGAGAGCAUAAAGAGCAUCUUAUUUAAAUAAAUUUAUUAUCCUUAAUUGCUAAAUUUUUAAAAACAUUUAAUUUUCAAAAAUUUUUAUUUUUUAAAUAAAAAUAAUAUUUUUUUAUUUAAAUAAUUUUGAUAAAAAUUCAAUGCAAAUUCUUUACAAAAAUUCAAUAUUUACUUUAUUUCUUGCUUUAUUUUAAGAAUAGAGUAUAAAUAAAUUUUUUUAAAUAAAAAUUAGCACUUUGAUUAAUAAAUUUUCUAAAAUGUUUUUUAUCAAUAAAAAUAAUAAUUUUGUGUAAAUAGUUUUGAUACCAAUUAAUAGUGGCGUAUUAACUAAUAAUGAAAAUUUAGUUAUAUCUUGCUUUGUUUCAAUGAUUAAUGAGUAAAUAGCAUUUUAUUAAGCAAAUUUAUUAAUCUAAUUCGAUAAAUUUUUUAUAUAAAUUUUUUUUAUAAAAUUUUCUUAACCCCUUUUAAAUUGGAACAAAAUUUUUUAAUCCAAUAUAAAAUUAUAAAAAGCUUAUUUGAAAAAAUAAUAAUUUAAAAACCCCUUCACGAAAAGGUUAAAGACAUCUAGCACCAUUUAUAUAUAAAGUAUUAAGACGCAAUAAAAACACAUAAAAUAAAAUGAGAUCAAUGAUUACACUAUGAUAUCAUUUAUCCUAUUUUACUAUUUUAACUAUUUCUCACAUAUUGUAUCCACCUGCAGCACAUCUUGCACUAGCUAACCUUGUAUCAUCAUGUGCCACCUCACCUUGUACCACCUAUGAUAUAUCUGAACUAGAUCAUCUUGCAUCAACCUGCAGCACAUCUUGUAUGGCUUGAAAGCAUAUUUUGAUUUCUAUGAAACUAUGCCUGAAGAAGUACAUUAGCUAUCUGAAAAGUCAAAAUGGAAAUAAUGGCAUUUUUUAUGAGAAGUACAGAUUUGGCUUGGCAAAUAUUUUCAGUAGGUUCCCUUUGCUUACUCCCCCCCCCCUCCGUGAGCGAACAAAACCAUUAGAAAAAUCGCCAUUUUUUGACCAAAAACCCACCCUCCGUGAGUGAACAAAAUUUUUUUAUAGAAAAAAUUUUAAUGGAAAAAAAUUUUGAUAUAUAAGUGAUAAUUAGUAUAAUGAAAUCUAGAGCUAAUUCUGUUUAAUUUUAAACAAAUUGCGUUUUAAAAACAUAAAUUUUGCAAAUUAAAUUAAUAUUUGCUUCCCAAUUUUUGCAAAUUAGGAUUUUUUUAAAUUUCGAAAAAAAUAUUUUUUAUAAAAUUUAUAUAUAAAUUUUUUUUAAAAAAAAAAUUAACCCCCCUCCGUGAGCGAACAAAAUUUUUUUGUUCGCUCACGGAGGGGGGGGGGGAGUUAGCCACACGUUAGUUUACAAUGAAAAUAGUCUUUGUCAUUUCAGUUUUUUUAUGAUAUAGCUAUACUAAUUGACCAAGAAUAGCCCACUAAGGAGCCAUUCUUGGUCUGCCAGAAAAAAUUUUGACAAAAGAUCCUAAUCUGCCAUUACCACUGAGUUUUGGUGUUUCCAAAUUUUUUGGGCAAGCCAAAUGCAAUAAAAAAAAUUGUUCUUUUGCAAUGAUGCAUUUGGGUUGUCAAAAAAAUUUGGCAACAUCAAAACUCAGUGGUAAUGGCAGAAAAGAUCCUAAUCUGCCAUUACCACUGAGUUUUGGUGUUUCUAAAUUUUUUUUUUGACAAGCCAAAUGCAUCAUCGCAAAAGAACAAUUUUUUUUAUUGCAUUUGGCUUGCCCAAAAAAUUUGGAAACACCAAAACUCAGUGGUAAUGGCAGAUUAGGAUCUUUUUGUCAAAAUUUUUUCUGGCAGACCAAGAAUGGCUCCAUAGUGGGCUAUUUCUUGGUCAAUUAGUAUACUUUUACUCUUUAGGUAUUAUUCCAUAAAGAUUAAUAUUAAUCCUUUAAACUUUAGAGGCUAAUAUUGACAUAUCCUGCAGUACACUCACUCUGUACUAGCUAAUCUUGUAUCAACCUGUGACAAAUCCUGUGCUAGCUCAUCUUGUAUCAACUUGCAACUAGGUUUAAGAGCUAAAUAUGAUCAAGGUGUAACAAUGUCUAAAGAGUAAAAGUAAAGAGAUAAACUUAAAAUGGAACUAUUUGUCAAACCAAAUCUGUACUUGUAAUAAAACUGGAAUUUAUCAAUUCCAUCUUGACAUAUCAGAUCACUACAUACCUCUUGAGGUAUUGUUUCAUAGAGAUCUAAACGUGUUUUAAAGCUUUGCACCCGAUAAUAGCUUACCUUGCAUCACCUGUAAUUACUCCUGAACUCGCUCAUUUAUCAAUGAAUAGCGCAUCUACACUAUAUAGCUCACUUUGCACAACCUGCACUAGCUCAGCUUGUGCUACCUGUAGCAGAUCUUGCAUUAGCUCACCUUGUAUCAACCUGCACUAGCCCACCAUGCAUAUAUGUGGGACAUAUCCUGCACUUGAUGAUAUACUCUUGAUAAAUAAGCAUUUUCAUGUGCAUUGAGGCUGCUAGAUGUCUUACCUUUUUCGUAAAGGGGUUUUUAAAUUAUUAUUUUUCAAAUGAGCUUUUUAUAAUUUUUUAUCAGGGGUUUUUUCCUGGAAUUUUCCAGGAUUUUACCACCAUUGGGUUUUUUCCUGUAAUUUUUUGGGUACCUAGAGGUUUUUUCCUGCAGUUUUUUAGCCUAAAUUUUUCAUGAGGGUUUUUUCCUGUAAUUUUUUUCCCUAUUUAUUUGUUUUUUUAAUAUAAUAUAAACAAUUGCAAUUUAUUAUGAGUUUAGAUUCUAAUAAUCAAGUAUUUGAUGUAUUGUUGCUGUAGAUAUCUAUUUUCCUAUAUUAGCGCUCUUUUUGAGGACUAUAUCUUAUGCGAUUGUAUUAAUGAUUUAUUUUUAAUUAGUUUUUUUUCAUGCUGUUUUUGAGAAUCAAAAAUUACUACUGUCAAAAUCAAGUAUUAAUUUAGAUGCUAUUUGUUUACUUUAUUCAUUUCUCAUUGAUAAUAAGAGUUUAGAAUAAAUUAUGUGAUUAAUCUUUUGCAAUUGAAUUUUUGUAGCUUUAUCUCUACUUAUGAUGAUCUUAAUUCGAUAAUGGACUUUUUUGAGGAUGGGGGUUUUUUCCUGUAUGGUUUGCAAAAUUUUCGAAAAUUACCGUUGGUUUUUUUUUCUGGAAAAUUCCAGGAAUUCUACUUUUCAGUCAUUUUCAUCAGAAAAAAAACUACAUGAAAAAAAAAACCCUAGGGGUUUUUUUCAGCUCAACCCGAAUAUAUGCAAUGCUUUGACCAAAAUUGUAAAAAAUGCUAUGGAGAAAACCAAGGAGAUUGCUUCGAAUGUGAUUUUUCUAAAGGAAAAAUUUCACAAUUUUUUGGGUAUUGUCUGGAAUCAUGCCCUGCUGGAUAUUCUACUAACAAUAUAACUGGGGUAUAUCCGCUUUGCUUACCUUCUGCUGAUAACUCAACCAACAGCAAUCCUGCUAUUUACUAUGUGACUUCUAAAAAAACAAACGACACUUUGGGAGGGCUUGGAACAAUAAAAUCGCCCUUCCAGUCUUUAGCUCUAUCCUUGGCAUCUAUAAAUACCAAAUACUCAAUUAUUUAUUUGCUUAAUGAUGGAGUUCAUUAUCUCGAGCAAUUAAACCCAAAAUACCCAAUUGCUUUAACAGUGUCUGAUACUGCUAGGGCAGAUAAUUCUCAUAAUCAAAGGAAAAGCCUCACAAUAACGACUCAAAACAAUGAAAUUGUGUAUUUAAAGCCAAAAAUUGACGAGCCCAUUUUAACUGUGACUCUAAGCCAUACAGAGCAGCUCAGCAUAAGUAACGUUGCUUUCGACGGAAAGUAUUGAAUUCAUGGGGAAAAUCAAUGCUUGGACGAAUCUUGCACGUAUUGUCCUUUGGUGACUGAAAAAUACGACUCAACUUAUGUUGAUGACCGAACUGCUGGGAUAGUCAAUUAUACAAACCAGACUUAUUGCAAGGAGAAUUGAUAUUGAAACCUCUUUGAAGUGGCAGACGACACUACUUUGACGCUUACAAAUGUCCAGUUUCUUAAUUGGAGACUUCAAGAAAACUCACUGAUUAAAAGCACAGGAGGCAGUGUUUAUUUGUUUUGGGUAAAUUUUGAUAAUAUCCAAGUUGCUCCACUGAAUGACUCGGCAGUUAUUGUAUUUUUGAACUGCAGAAGUGACAGCUCUUAUGAAUGUGGAGAUUUUUAUUACGAAAAAGGAGCAGUGACUAGGCUUAACAAUGGCUAUGAGUUUUCAGCUUCGCUGGAUUUCAGAGGGUUUCUCACAGCAUUUAAGAUUAGAAGCAUAAAUUUCACGCAGGUAGAGUUCAAAAAUAACGCUGUUUAUUCAGCAAACUUUAAUAUUGCUUCUCUUAUUUAUGCAGAAAUUUACCGCCAAAUUAGCAUUCAGGACUGUGUCUUCGAAUACAACUACGCAAGUAAUGGGCUGGUAUUUUUAUUUCCUGUUAAAUUGGUGCUAUCAACAGAAGUAAAUGAUCAAAAUCAAGUCAUUGACUACUUGAUAAACCACAUCGAAAUUUUCAAUAGCAAUUUUACAAAUAACUAUGGUGUCUAUGCAGGGAUAAUUUCAGCGUAUUUCACAUCUGAACUUCAAAAUAUAUAUUUCGAAAAACUGAUCUUCGAGAACAAUGGGGCUUCUGCAGGAUAUUUAGUGUACAUAAUGAACCACGUUUUGAAAAAUUCUUACUUGUCAGAGACAACUGCAAUAGUCCAAACAUUCGCUAAAAGGAUUUUUUCAACCCAAAGUCAAAGGAAUUUUAAUUGGAAAAAUAUCACUUUUAGCAACAACUACUUUUUGUCUGGGGCAUUCUAUUUAUACCAAUUGGUGAACAUGAGAAUCUGCGAUUUAGUGAUGGACUCAAAUGGUGGAAACUCAAGCACAACUGGCAAUCUUAACGAAAUUCUAAUGAAUUCCUGGAUUGCUGAUACGUCACUUUAUAUUAAAGAUAAGGUCGAGGCUACUAACUUUAAUUGUGUUUCUCUUGCAACGUGAGAAGGCGUGUACUGUCCAUCAAUUGAAUACUCAGUAAUCACUAAUAAUUAUUGUGCUGAGUCAACUCCAGCAUGGAAUUUUAUUAAUUCAACCAAGCUGACUAUUCAAUAUUCAGAUUUUAUUGCAAACACUGGGAAAUCACAAUACACUCCAACGGUUUUGUUGAUAAUGGGUUUAGAUAGCGCAGUCAUUUCUGACGUAGCUUUUAUAAAUAACACAAAUAGUGAGAAUUCAGGGUAUGGAACAGUAUAUGGUUGCGGUAGUCUUUUGAGCUUGAAUUUUAGAGAAUGCGAUUUUAUAUCGAACUAUUCGCCUAUGGGAGGGUCAAUUAUGUUCAGUGGCUCUUAUCUCGUUAUAGACAGUUCAAGAUUUGAUUCAAAUUACUCACCGACUGAUGGGGGAUCCAUUUAUAUUAGACAAACAACUCUGAAUUUUGCAAAAUCGUGGAUCCGGAACUGCACGUUUCACAAUAAUUCUGCUAACUUGGACAUUCAUGGAAACGGAGGGGCAAUUUUCAUGGAUAAUUGAGGAAACUCAUGAAGUACGAUUUCAAUUGGCAUUGACCAGUCAAAUUUCACCAAAAAUUCAGCAAACCACGGCUCUGCAAUAUAUAUUGCAGGGUCAAUACGGUUGGUUAACAACUCAGCAAUCAACAACUGCAAAUUUGAGUCCAACACUGCCUUAGGAUCAGGAACUCUCGCUGCGCUCUACAAAUCUGGUUAUCUUCAGAUUUUCCAAACAAUUUUCAAUGAAAAUGUGGGCAGGCUCGGCGCUUCAAUAUAUGCAGAGCAUGGAGAAAAUUCUACAGCUUACCCUUCCUUGCUAUAUAUUGUAUCCUCAGUAUUUAAUUCUUCGCAUGGCAUUUCGGUCAUCAAUUUGGCCAAUUCUGACAUAUUUUCAUAUAUUUACACCAAAAACUGCUUGUUUUCAAACAAUAACGCAACUGUUUGAAUGAUGGAUUACGACCACUGGACUGAUGAAGACUCGAUUCUGGUUAAUAACACCGGGAGAUUAAGUGGAGGAGUUAAAAUGGUGGAUAAUUCUUUAGUAAAUUGUACAAAUACAGUGUUCAUCGAAAAUCAUUCGUAUAGUAACGGAGGUGCAGUAUCUGCUGGCACCAGCUCGGUGUUUCAGUGCCAUGAAUGCACUUUCGUAAAGAAUAAGGCCAACGGGUCUGGCGGUGCCAUAUAUAACGAGCAAAAUUCGAUGAUAAAUAUUUCUUAUUCAAGCUUUACAAGCAAUCAAUGUUCAGAUAAAGGCUCAGCUAUUUAUUUAUUGGGAGCAUUUUCGCCGAAAUCAAUAAUAAAAUCUUCGAUUUUUACUGAAAACAUUUCAAAAAAUCAAGCAACAAUUGCACUGCUUGAUGCUGAUAUAAUCAUAAGUGGUUCAGUAUUUAACAGCAAUCAAGCAGCUACAAUCACUCCCGGGAUACUUUUAACGCUUUCUAAUGCAACAAUAGCAAAUAGUGAAUUUCGGAACCAUAAUGGGCAAGAAGGGAGCUUUUUGUACGCUACAACGCAAAGCAUUGUAGAAAUUUCAAGCAGCUCCUUUGUUAAUGGUAUAAGUUACAGCUCAGCGGGAGCCAUUUACUCUAUUUCAAGUAGAAUCAAUAUUGACAGUAGCUAUUUCGAGGAAAAUCAUGCAAAAAAUGGCGGAGGUGGGGCUAUAAUGUCUUAUUCUAGUAGUUAUUUGCUAAUAACAAAUACCGCCUUCAAAAAUUCAUUUAGCUCAGAUGUGGGAGGAGUUAUAUGGUGCUACGAAAGCGACUUAUUCAUUUCUGGAUCUCAUUUCGAUACUUUUUUCAGUGGUGCAAUAUCAGCUUCGAAAAUGUAUUCAGUGACAAUCUAUAGCUCUACAUUUGAAGAUGGGAAUGCUACCUAUGGCGGGGCUUUUUUUUGCUUUCAAUGCGGCAUAGUAGAUAUUGCUGAUAGCUUAUUUGCAAAUAACUUUGCUUAUCAAGGAGGGGCUAUAUAUUUGACCACAUCAGCUGACCUUUCAAUAGGAAAUCCCUAUACAAUUGUCAGAUCUGCUUUCCACGAUAACAUUGCUUCUGUGGGUGGAGCAAUUUAUACAGACGACAUCAGUCUGAACAUAUCAUUUUCAGAUUUCAGAGGCAACAACGCCACUGCCAUGAUGGAAUCCACUACAGGAAUUAUUCCAAAUCAAGGCCUCGGAGGAGCUAUUAAUAUUGCAUGCAAAGACUUCAAGGACUGCGCUUUUCAUAUAUCACAGAACUCUUUUUGCAAAAAUCUUGCAUCAUUCAACGGAGGAGCAAUAAACUGGGUUGAUAUCAUGCCUACAGCUGAAUGCAAUAUUUUUAAUGAUAACAGCGCUAAAUAUGGAGCUGAUAUUUCAUCUUUUGCAAUUAAAAUGGUUGCUUUAUCUAAAAAUGGCAGCUUAGAAUGCAGCCACCGUGAUCUAGAAGAUGUUGCUUCAGAAAUUCUUAUAUUAGAAAGCAUUGCCCCUGGACAAGUUACUACAAGCCCUAUAUUACUUGCAUUGAUCGAUCCUUAUGGGCAAAUUGUAUCAACUGAUAGUGUGAGUGUAGCUGAACUAUCAGCAAAAGAUACAGCUUCGACAACUCUUUCAGGCAUUACAAAAGUUACAGCAGUGCAAGGCCUUUACUAUUUUGACUCAUUUGUAGUUUCAGCAGUGCCUGGAAAAAACGUUUCUAUUGUGGUAUCAACUGAUGGAAUUGAUGAAGCCAAAAUCAAAAAGGCUUCCAUGAAUAUUACAGAAAUUUCUACUAUUAAUGUCGAUGUGAUUUUGCGUGAUUGUGAAAUUGGAGAAAUCACCCUUGCCACGAGCUGCCAAAUUUGCCCUAAUGGCUCAUAUAGCUUAGAUCCAACAAGAGAUCACUGUAAAUCAUGUGAAGACAAGAUGAACUGCUAUGGAGGAUUCUUGAUCGCCCCCAAGGCUGGAUACUGGAGAUCCAAUAAUCUGACUGACCAUUUCUGGAAGUGCCCAAAUCCUUCGUCCUGCCUUGGCUCGCCCCCAUACCCAAAUAUUUCUUAUUCAGGACUUUGUUGCGAAGGCUAUGAAGGCAACUUGUGCCAGGCUUGCUCAACCGGGUAUUCAAGGACUUCUGCAAAUACUUGUGCGGUCUGCCCAGAUCCUCUCCUAAACUCUCUUCGAAUUGUUGGAAUUAUGGUAGCUGCAAUUAUCAUAUGCACUAUAAUGGUGAGCACCACUCGAAGCAGUGCUUACAAGCCUAAAUCCAUGGAGUCAGUCUAUAUAAAGAUCUUUGUCAAUUAUUUGCAGAUCGUAAUGCUGACAUCUACCUUCGACUUAUCAUGGCCUGAUAGUGUUGCAGAGCUGCUGAGGAUACAAGCCAACGCUGGAUCUGUAAGCUACCAAGUGUUUUCUUUCGACUGCUUUUUAGAUUCAGGACAGGGUCAGGCUCAAAUUUAUUUCAAUAAGCUUAUCAUAAUGAGCGUUGUUCCUAUUAUUAUGACCUUAGGCACUGUUCUCUUUUGGGGAAUCUAUGCUAUGCUGAAGCGGUCUAUGCCGUCUUUCAAGAACGAUAUAAUUUCUACAUAUGUCAUCCUUUUUUUCAUGAUUCACCCAAAUCUUAUCAAAAUGAUGUUUGGCGCGCUAUCCUGCGAGCAAAUCGAAUCAGGGGAAUAUUGGCUGGUCAAUGACUUAGACAUAAGAUGCUGGGAUGAUGAACACCUGUUUUAUGUCUUUUGUGUGGUCAUCCCUUCUAUUAUUGCCUGGGGAGUCGGCAUUCCUGCAGUUUCUCUGUUUUUCAUAUGGAGGAUGAGGAAAAAGCUAGACUCAAUCAGUGCCAGACUGAGGUUUGGGUUUCUAUUUAACGGGUACAGGAGGAAGUGCUACUAUUGGGAAUUCGUGAUUUUAUAUAGAAAAAUUCUUAUUUGCACUAUUUCUAUCUUUUUAGGAAACAUCUCGCCAGACAUUCAAGCUUUAACUGUUAUGUUUCUACUUAUGGUUUGCUUGUACAUUCAAAAUGAAAAUAAGCCAUACAUUGGAGAGGUUUUAAACAAAAUGGAAUUCAGGGCAAUCCUGGUGGCUUCUAUAACCAUUUACUGUGGCCUUUAUUAUUUAACUGGCGUGCUGGAUGAGAGCUCUAAAAUUGUGCUUUUCUCAAUCAUAGUGCUUGCAAACUUGUAUUUCCUUUACUAUUGGCUCUUCAAAAUGUUUGCAGCAGGAUUCCGAAAGGCCGCUACUCUAAUCCCUUGGCUCAAGCACAAGUGGGCUCAGAGCUCUGAUGGGUUUGAUGAUGACUUAUUUGAAAAGCCCAGGCCUAAGCACGUAACCAGAAGGUGGGGCAAAAAGAUGUUCUCUGUUGUCCCGACUGAAGAUGGGAUGCCAAUUGAGCCGACUAAUGCAGAUGGCUGCGAAGUUGUUAGCCUUGACAUGAAAGCAAUUUUUAAGAGAGUGCUAAAAAAUGAUAUAGAAAGAAAUAAAUUAAAUUGCUCUACAAUUGCAGAUUCAAACGAAGAGAUUUCUAACGCUCAUUUAACUCUAUAG